CGAGGUGGGUGAGGCCAUUCAAAGAGACACCAGUCGCGGAGGAAAGAGACGCCAGGAGUCUUUUACUGCUAACUUCUCUGAGAUUAGAAAUCACCUGUUUCAGCACCACGGUCAGCGCUCCAAGAGGGGCCACACGCUCAUCCAAAACAACCUGAGCACAUGUGAGGACUGUAUUUCUUAUUCCUAUUCUUAUUGUCAGCUUGAAUUUAUAUCUUUAACUACAUGUUUAAAUCCUUUACAUUACUUUCCACUGAUUUGCCAUGUAGAAUUCUUUAUUUUAUUCAGUUUGUUUCCUUUGAACCUUGACUAUUCUUAAAUGUGUUCCAAAUGCACAGUCUGACAUUCACUGGAUUUUUACCAAUGCUGCAUGUUGCUUCUAGCGAAAUGCAUGUUUUAAUCUACCCUAUAACAAGUAUUUAUACUGUCUAUGUUUUUCAGUAAUAUAUGUGUGGCGGCUUUAAGAACUUUUUUCCCCCCUCAACUUUACCCAGAGAUUCCGUGCCUAAAUAAUGUCCUUUAACAUUUGAAUCUGUUCCUGUAUAUUCUGCAUUUUACGCAUGCAUCUGAGACACUCAGGGAUUAUCUAACUGCUGGAGGGGAAGAAUUAAAAUGUGCUGCUUCUGUGCAGGUUUAAGGCGAUGUUACAUAGGAGCGCCUCUCAGCUGCUAUUCCUCGUAGCGAUCUGCGGCGUCUUUUACACGCGGACUCUCAGUUUGCCGCUCGCCACUACACGAGCCACUCGACACGCAGACGGUCUGUUUACCAGUGGUUACAGCAAACUGCUGGGCCAACUGUCAGCCAGACGCUACCUGGAGUCUCUGAUCGGAAAACGUGUCAGUGAUGAUCUGCUGGAAGGACAGAUGCCAGUGAAGCGUCACUCUGAUGCGAUAUUCACAGAUAACUACAGUCGCUUCCGCAAGCAAAUGGCCGUGAAAAAGUACCUGAACUCUGUCUUAACAGGAAAGCGGAGCCUAGAAGACUCUGCUAGUGAGCAAGAGGAUUCCACUGGAGGACAAACCUCCUACCGGGAGAGCUAUGAUGAUAUAACUGUAGAUGAGCUUCUCAAUCAUAUACCAAUGGUAAGUCACUGA